CGUGGAAAAACUCCCAUGCUGUGAUUGGCUGUGGUAAUCAGGGGCGGAGCGCAAGGCCCUGCGAGGUUCCUUGCCCCUGGUCGGGCCGCUUGUUUGGCUGCUGCCGUCACCUCAUGGCGACGCGGGUUGAGGAGGCAGCGCGGGGAAGAGGCGGCGGCGCUGAGGCGGCUGUCGAGGCCGGACGGGGGGGACGGCGACGCAGCCCUCGGCAGAAGUUUGAAGUUGGCACAAUGGAAGAAGCUGGAGUUUGUGGGCUAGGGGUGAAAGCAGAUAGGUUGUGUAACUCUCAGUCAAAUGAUAUUCUUCAACAUCAAGACUCCAGUUGUGGUGGCACGACUAACAAGCAUUCACUGGAAGGGGAUGGAGGCAGUGACUUUAUAACAAAGAACAGGAAUUUGGUAAGCCCAGCAUACUGCUCACAGGAGUCAAGAGAAGAAAUUCCUGGGCAGGAAGCUCGAACUGGUCCUCCUGAUGGUCAACAAGAUUCAGAGUGCAGCAGAAACAAGGAGAAAACCUUAGGAAAAGAAGUUUUAUUACUGAUGCAAGCCCUAAACACCCUUUCAACCCCAGAGGAGAAGCUGGCAGCUCUCUGUAAGAAAUAUGCUGAUCUUCUGGAGGAGAGCAGGAAUGUCCAGAAGCAAAUGAAGAUUCUGCAGAAGAAGCAAGCCCAGAUUGUGAAAGAGAAAGUUCACCUGCAGAGUGAACACAGCAAAGCUAUCUUGGCAAGAAGCAAACUGGAGUCUCUCUGCAGGGAACUUCAGCGACACAAUAAGACUUUAAAGGAAGAAAAUAUACAGCAAGCCCGAGAGGAAGAAGAACGCCGUAAAGAAGCAACAGCCCAUUUCCAGAUUACUCUAAAUGAAAUCCAAACCCAGCUGGAACAACAUGACAUACACAAUGCCAAACUCCGGCAGGAGAACAUCGAACUGGGAGAGAAGCUGAAGAAGCUCAUUGAGCAGUAUGCACUGAGGGAAGAGCAUAUUGAUAAAGUGUUCAAACAUAAGGAGCUCCAGCAACAGCUUGUGGAUGCCAAACUUCAGCAGACAACGCAGCUGAUAAAAGAAGCUGAUGAAAAACACCAGAGAGAGAGAGAGUUUCUAUUAAAAGAAGCAACAGAAUCAAGGCACAAAUAUGAACAGAUGAAACAGCAAGAAGUACAACUGAAACAACAGCUUUCUCUUUAUAUGGAUAAAUUUGAAGAAUUCCAGACUACGAUGGCAAAAAGCAAUGAACUAUUUACAACUUUCAGGCAAGAAAUGGAAAAGAUGACGAAGAAAAUUAAAAAGUUGGAAAAAGAAACAAUAAUAUGGCGUACCAAGUGGGAAAAUAAUAAUAAAGCCCUUCUGCAAAUGGCUGAAGAGAAAACUGUCCGUGAUAAAGAGUACAAGGCCUUUCAAAUCAAGCUGGAACGGUUAGAGAAGCUGUGCAGGGCUCUUCAGACAGAAAGAAAUGAGCUCAACGAGAAGGUAGAAGUUCUGAAAGAGCAGGCCUCUGCCAGAGGGACUGAUGGGGACUUGGUGUCAUCUGCACUGCAACCCUGCACUGUCCUGGAUUCUCACAAGGAGCCCAGCGCUUCCCCAGGAGCGGUGGGGGUGAGCCUGGAGGCCAAGGCGGAGAGUGAGAGUGCCGCACAGAAGCUCGUGUCGCCAGCCUCUGCCGCCGGCAUUGAGUCGGUUGACUAAGGUGAAGUGUGAUCACUGUACUGAGAGAUCUAUUUUGUGUAUAACUUUCUGUUAGUAGUAACUAUUGGUUUUGUGGUGAAAAUUUUCUUACUUUUUCUACCAUAUCUGUAUUUUCUUAGAACUACUGGACUGUGGUACAGGAGGCUGCUUAGCAGUUUGAAUAGUUUGAAUCUAUAAAUUUCUCCCUCAGCUAUGUUGCACAUCUGCCUCAUUUUCCCCUUUGUUGGAGUGCAUGUGUUCACUGCCUUGUCCGUCCAUUUUCUUCCCAGCUCCCUGCAUAUAAUGUUCCUAAUUCAGACAUCACUUGACAGGGCUGACCAUCACACAGGAAUUCUGUUCUUGUGAUGGUUCCCUGAUAU